AUGGCGCUGCGCCCUGGUAUUGAUGAGUCAGUGAUCUUCUACUCAAAAGAGGAGCGCGAUCCUUCUUCACCACAGUUGAGGCCAUUCAUCCCCGAUCUAAAACCGGGAACAAACUUUGAAAUAUUGGCACCCAAUCACUUCUUGGAACCAGACGAAGAGAACAUUGUGAGUGGAAGCAGGAAGAAAUACUCAGAUCAAUCCAGCCAAGCCUGAUAUUCUAAUGUCGUCACAGGACGAGCCGUGGGAGCCAGACCUCAGGCUCAGGUCAGAGCCAGCAGAAACAUGGUCUUCCCGAAUCGAAGAAUGGAUUGAAGAGUCAAUUUUUACAUCAGGUUCAAGCAAACAAGCAGCAUGUUGGAAGGAUGGGGUGCUACUCGCGCAUAUGGCUACCGACCAUGGAUACGAUGCUGUCACAGAAGGUCGUCGAUAUCAUUUGCCUAGCACAAAAGGCAGCACAUCAACUGAGCGGAUCGAUUCUUCAAUACAUAGCUAUCGAUAUCUAAGCCCCUUUGAAAACCGAGAUCAAAAGUUGGGAUUGAAUUUCUUCCACAUAUUACCAAACAGCUGACGUUUUCUCCCUAGUCUCAAGCGAGCACGAACAGAUCGUUCCAAGUCAUCAACACUCGAAACUAUAGACGCAACCGUGCAGCCCAGAACUCUUCUCAGAAAAAUUAACUCUCGACGUCGAAAAGUAUUACCUAUGAUGUUUGAGACGGAUGGCAAGAAUAUCAGCAUUACUGCAUGUCCGGAUACUGGCUCAGAUGUCAACAUCAUGUCUAUGGACACAGCCAGGCGCUUGGGCUUCGGUUCAGACAUUCGCAAGACCGAAGAAGUCGAUUUUCGUCUUGCCAAUAAUCAGCCUGUAAAAGCUAUCGGGCAGGUAGAUAUCGCCUGCUCUUUCGGAAUUGGGACGCCUUGGCACGACCCAAGUCUCAGUUGCAUCUUCGAAGUUUUCAGUGCUCUGUCCGUUCCCUUAAUUAUGGGAAUGCAGUUUCUUGAGAUGACAGAGACUUACUCUAAACAUCAGAACCGUCUAGGUGAAGAGACUAUUCCAAGAAUGCACUCUUUACAUGUCAACUCCGUUGGGAGGCCAAGAAAGAGUUUAAUAUGUCGGCUCAAUGCAUAUGUUAGCUUAGCUACCGCAGAUACUGGCUCUGACAUAGACCUUAUCAGCGCGGAUUACGCUAGAAACAGAGGGUUCCCAGUUGCUGAAGUUUUCCAUGACAUAAUGCUCGCUGACGGUACAGUGGAGCAAACAUGUGGUUUGAUACGAAGCUCAUUCACGGUUGGGUUGGUUGAUGAUGUCCGAGGAUUCGUUUCAAAGAGCCAAAAUAUUAGUGUCGAUUUCUUCGUGCUGCCAAAUCUAUCAUCAGAUGUGUUGAUUGGGCAAGACACUAUCGAAGAGCUCAACAUUUUUGCUAACCACUCCGAAUCCUUUGUUCCCAGCAUGUCUCUAACAGGAGAAUCCGACGUCAAUAUCAUUCGCUACAUUGGCAAAGCAGAGAAAGCUGGGAAAAGACUAUUGGCUCAAUUACGAGGCGAUGUUCAUUCUAGCAAUCCAAUCUCAGGUAGUAUUAACUUUGUGGCACAAAGAUUAUCGCACUAACCACGUCAGUGUACAGCAGCAGACAUGGAGCGCAAAUGGGAACUUGAAGAUCAACGAGAGAAUGCCCGUCGAGAGGUCCGCCAAGAAGAGAUUGCCCAGAUGCCAGAGGAAAUUAAAAGUAUUGCAAACUUGACAGAAGACCUGAUAAUUUGGGACUAUGAGGCCACAAAGAGGGCACGGAAGGAGCUGGAAUCAAGGUAA